GCCAACGUGACGAAAAUGUCGCCGCACCUAAACAACUUGCUAUGCGUGAAGCGGCACCUACUAUUUCAAAUGCUCGACUUCCAAAAAAGACGACUAGUUUUGUACGUAAAAGAGCUGCGUUAGACGAUGUCAGCAACAUAAGCAAUGUUCCGGUUGCGACUUUAAAGCAUGCGCCAACCAGUGAUUUGGACGCUGUUUCUUUAAAAAAAGCACCAAUUAAUGAGAUAAAAGCCAGUGCCAUAAAGCCUCCAAUAAAAAUAGAAAAUAUAGACAGAAUAGAAAAAGUAGGAAAAAUAGAUCAAAAUUUCUCUUUUUCGCAACAUGCAAAGGAUGAAAAGCUAUUUGUCUUCAAAUCAGGUGUACCUAAUGUACCUAAUGUUAGAGCUAGACAUGUAGAAUCAAAGCCCAUUGCAACUAAAUCAUAUCAAAUACAUGAUGUUGAAGUUGAUAAGAAACGCGCAAAGAAACCUAGGACCCAAGACUGGCAAGAUUUGGACGCCGAUGAUGCUCAUGAUCCUGUGAUGGUGUCAGAAUACGCUGUAGACAUUUUUCAAUAUUUAAAAGAAUUGGAGUUUCGCUUACUUCCUGAAACCUUAUUCUUGGCCAUAAACAUAAUCGAUCGAUUUCUUUCUGUUCGGGUUGUUUCCCUGGUUAAACUCCAACUAGUUGGAAUCACUGGACUGUUCGUUGCGGCAAAAUAUGAAGAAGUUAUAGCACCGUCAAUUAAGAAUUUCAUUUACAUGGUUGAUAACGGGUAUACAGACGACGAAAUUCUUAAAGCAGAACGUUAUAUUCUUCAAACCAUUGACUUCAAGAUGAACUAUCCAAAUCCCAUGAACUUUCUUCGACGAGCUUCCAAAGCUGACAACUUCGACGUUCAAUCCCGCACAGUUGCCAAAUAUCUUAUGGAAAUAUCUCUUGUCGAUCAUAAUUUUUUACCCUAUCCUCCCUCCAUGAUUGCUGCUGCUGCUUUAUGUCUUUCUCGGAAAAUGCUCCAUCGCUCUGAAUGGAACGCCAAUUUAAUUCAUUAUUCAACUUUCACCGAAAAAGAACUUGAACCAUGUAUAAGGUUGAUGCUUAAUUAUUUGUCAAAACCAACUAGACACGAGCAAUUAUUUAAAAAAUACUCUACAAAAAAAUUUAUGAAGGCUAGUGUUUUUGUUCAAGAUUGGGUAGAAAAAUAUCUUCAACGG